AUGUCCACCUCGUCUGCGGCACAGGGCGAGGCGCAGAAAGAUUCGAUGAUGCAGGUGGAGGAGACUGCGCCAGGUUACGCAAAUGCAGGGGCUCAAGAAGGUCAGGCAGGCGAAGACACGACAACCGCCCCAGGCGUCAUCCCCGAAGGCUUUAUUGUUCAUACCGAAUCCUCAACCUCGAUCCUCUUCGCCGCUCCCCCUUCCACCACGUCCUCCGGCCCCGCUCCGGUCUUCCUCAACCCCGUCCAGGAAUACAACCGUGACCUCUCCGUCGUCGCGAUCCGCACGUGGGGAGAGGUGAGGCAGAGGGAGAAGAGGGACAGGUGGGAAGAGGGACUGCGGAAGAAGUGGGCAAAGAAGAGGGCGAGGGAUGCGAAAGGCGAGGGAGACAAGGGGGCGAAGAAGCGGAAGGCAGAGAGCGGAGAGAAGGAGGCUGUUGCGGAGGCGGAUGCGAGAGAAGGCGAGGCUGAGAAGACUUCAGAGUCGGCUGCGCCCGCAGAACCGCAGGACGAGAAACUCCCGCCGCCGCCGACCUACAAGUUCACGCUGCUUGAAGCGCUCUCCGCAACCGGCCUCCGCGCAAUCCGCUAUGCGAAAGAGCUGCCUCUCCUCCGAUACGUCGUCGCGAACGACCUCUCCGCCUCCGCCGUCGCCGACAUCCGCCGCAACAUCGCCUUCAACGGCCUCUCUCCCGCCGGUCACUCCCUCCUUCCCUCUGUUCCGCCUUGCGUCCCUCUCUCCUCCCUCAAGCCUGACCCACCCUACGGCCUCUCCAAAUCCGACAUCGACGAAGCCCUCCACGGCAAAGUCCGCGUGAACGAGGGAGACGCGUGUGUCUAUAUGUACCAGCAUCGCGAUGAGGACAAGAGGUUUGACUGUGUCGAUUUGGAUCCGUAUGGAAGUGCGGUGCCGUUCUUGGAUGCGGCGGUCAAUGCGACGGCGGAUGGAGGCCUGAUGUGCAUCACCUGUACCGACAUGGGCGUUCUCGCGGGCCACAACUACCCCGAGAAGUCCUACACCCACUACGGUGGCGUCUGCAUCAACGCCGAGUACUCUCACGAAGUCGCCCUCCGCCUCGUCCUUAACGCCCUCUCUUCCACCGCCUCGCGCUACGGACGCUACAUCGAGCCUCAACUGUCGCUCUCGAUCGACUUUUACGUAAGGUUGUUCGUGAGGGUUCGGACGGGACCGAAGGAGGUAAAGGCUGUUCCUUCCAAAACCGCCCUAGUCUACUAUUGCCACUCCUGCCAGACUCCUCACUUCCAACACCUCGGCCGCGUUACCGAGAAGGUCAACCCGAGGAACGGGCAGAGCAACGCGACGUACCAUGUGCCGAGUGGUCCGCCGGAGGAGAUCGAGAAGGGAGGGAGGUGCGGCGAGUGUGGGGGGAAGAUGCAUAUCGCGGGACCGAUGUGGGCCGCUCCGAUCCACAAUCGCGACUUUGUCAAGGAGAUGCUCGAGCACGUUGAGUCGAACCCGAGCGACUUCAAGACGAGCGAUCGGAUCAAGGGCAUGUUGCGCGUUGCGCUUGCGGAGGUCGAGGCGCCGCUGUACUUCUCGCCGGCCAAGAUCGCGAGCUACUUCCACGCCAUCUGCCCUCCCAUCACGACCUUCGCCUCCGCCCUCCUGAACGCAGGCUACACCGUCUCCCGCUCGCACGCCAUGGCCGGCUCAAUCAAGACCAACGCGCCGCGGUCGUUCGUGCACGAUGUCGUGAGGGAGUGGAUCAAGGAGCAUCCGGUGGCGAUGAAGAAUGUCAAGGAUGGCAGUCCAGCGAAGGUGUUGCUGGCGAAGGAGCAGAGGCACACCGUCUCGCUCGCGCCGCACUCGAACGUGUCGUCCGUCCUCCUCGACAACGUCAAGCUAGUGCGGUACCAGAUGAACCCGCAAGAGAACUGGGGACCGGCGAAGGCCGCUGUGAGGGGCGCGCCGCAGAAGUAG